UGCUCAUAGUUGGCAGCACGGGAGGCGGUACGGAGAGCCCGGCCGCAGGCAGCUGCAGUUGCAGCGUGAGGCUGUGGCAUGCUCAGAGCUGCAGGGGCACCCCUGACACCUUCUGCCACUUGUGUUCCAGCAGGCUUUAACAAGCAGACCUAGGCUACUGCCUGAGAGAUACAAUGCUCAGGCUGGCUAAAAAAAUAGUACUCAAUGCUGCUAUGUAAACAGAACAAGAUCUUAGUAUCAAGAUGGCCGACUUGGAAGUCUAAUUGUAGCUCGACAUAUAUAUGCAAAUGAGCUACGUGUCAGUGGCUUAUUCAGAGGAGGAGACACAUUUUGCACGUGCUACCUUCUCGCCAGGUACAGCUGUUGACAUUUGGCCAUCUUGCAACAUGAAAGAUAAAUGCAAGCAACGUAGCAGCUAGAGCACCUUGUUUAUAUAGACUGGAGACAAAAGUUAAUCCAAGUGAUAUCACCUUUUGCCAGCAAUAGAUGCCCAGAGCCUGGAGAAGGAUCACAGGUCGACAGAAGAGCACUUGAGGAGCAGCACAAAGGAAUUCCAGCCACUCCUGCAAGUCAAGAUGGAUAGCACCGAAGAACCUCAGAAAAAAGUCUUUAAAGCACGAAAAACAAUGAGAGUAAGUGAUCGACAACAGCUUGAAGCUGUCUAUAAGGUUAAAGAGGAGCUGUUGAAGACAACUGAAGUUAAACUGUUAAAUGGAAAGCAUGAUAAUGGAGAUUCUGAUUUAAAUUCCCCUUUAAACAGUACAGACUGUACGGAGGACAAAAGGGAAGUUAAUGGUCUAGUGGACUCCUGUGAUAAGUCUGAAGAAGGAAAACCAGCCUCUGAUGAAGUAAGUGAAGCCAGGAGGCCUGAAAGUAGGACAGGGAACAUAGUUAGUGAUGUAGAACCCAAACGUCCAAUACUGCCUCCAGACAACGUUACUUCUGGGCAAGAUAAAGACAUUGAUACUGCUUUAGCUUCUGAGGCUGAAAGUGGACUGCCUGGUAGCAAUAAAGAUACCUUCCGUGAAGAAAAUAAGGCAAAAGAUCAUUUGGACCAAAGAGAGAGUGAGAUCCCGUCAGAAAGUAAAAGUAAAUCAAUCUGUGAUAUUAGCAACUCUUCUGAAGAGAAGGGAGACACAAAUAACUCCGCUAUUAAUUCCAGCUCAUUAGAUGAGGAGAAGAAAACUGGAGAAGUAACUAUUGAAGAUGCUGUUGGAGAAGCAGCCAUCUCUAGCAGUAUGGAAACUGAUGAGGAACCAAAGGACAAACAAGACAGCACUGUAGGUCUUUCAGAAACCGUUUUUCAGAAGACUAUAAAUGAGCCAAGUGAAAGUAUCUUGGGCAAUAAUGACUCUAUGGAAACAGAUGAAAUUAUUCCAAUUUUAGAAAAACUAGCCCCUGCUGAAGAUGAACUGAGCUGUUUUUCCAGAACUCCUCUGCUUCCAGCGGAUGUCACAGUCCCAGACUUAGUAGAGAAACCAGACAACUGUUUGGCUUCACCAUGCAAGCAGGAAAGCAAUGAAAGUCUGCCAAAAGAGGCUUUCUUAGUACUAUCUGAUGAAGAAGAUCCCUGUGAUGAGAAGGAAGAACGUGCUGAAGUGAUACUACCAAACAAGUCAAGUCUUCCAGAAGAGGUGGAAAAGACAAGAGAGAAGAGUGAAGAGAAAGAAGAGGCCCUUAAAGAAGAAAAACACACAGAGAUAAGUGAAGUGUCAAGAAGAAAACGUUCUAAAUCUGAGGACAUUGACAGUGUUCAUUCUAAACGUCGUCGGUACAUGGGAGAAGAUUAUGAAGCUGAGCUCCAAGUAAAAAUAACAGCCAGAAAGGAUACUGACCAAAAAUUACAAAAGAUUAUCCAGAGACUGUUAGAAGAAAAACUUAGUGCUUUACAGUGUGCUGUAUUUGACAAGACUCUGGCGGACUUGAAAACCCGAAUAGAGAAAGUAGAAUGUAACAAGAGGCAUAAAACUGUGCUUACUGAACUACAGGCUAGAAUUGCUAGAUUGACAAAGCGAUUUGGAGCAGCAAGGGAGGACUUGAAGAAAAGACAGGAAGAUACACCAGCUGAACCUCAGUCUCCAGUGAAAGCAGCAGCUGACACUGCAAACACAAACAAUGCAACAUAUCGAAAUGUUGGCACGGUGAGGCAGAUGCUGGAGCUGAAGCGGAAUGUGGGAGAUAACACACCAGCAACUUUUCAAGCCCCUUUAAAUUCAACGCCAGCUUCCAGUCUUGCUGCUCCUCCAACAGCUGUCAGUGGCCAUCCUAAGCCGCAGACUCCAGUGACCUCUACCACCUCUUUGACGACAACUGUUCUUCCCGUACCUAACACAGCUACAGUUGUAGGCACUAACCAAGUGCCCAGUGGCAGCACUCAGUCAGUGUCUGUCUCAUUGCAGUCUUUGCCCGUAAUCUUGCAUGUACCUGUUGCAGUUUCAUCCCAGCAUCAGCUACUGCAGAGCCACACUGGGACUUUGGUCACUAACCAACAAUCAGGCAGCGUUGAAUUUAUAUCUGUACAAGGCCCAUCUUCAGUUGGUAGCCUUACCAAAACUGCAGUGUCUUUGGCAUCAACUAAACCAAAUAACAGCCCAUCUGUGCCCAGUCCUGGUACUCAAAGGAACCCUCCAGCCAGUGCUGGGUCAGUAGGCACAGCGUUGGCAGUACAGGCUGUUUCCACUGCACAUCCUGUUGCCCAGGCCACAAGGACUUCUUUGCCUACAGUGGGUACUUCAGGACUCUAUAGUGCUGCCAGCAGUCGAACCCCUCUACAGAUGAAGAUUCCUCUCUCUGCAUUUAGUACUACACCUUCUAUUGAACCACCCACUGUUACAGCGCCCAGAGUUGAAAACCAGACAAGCAGGCCACCAGUUGAUGCUUCUGCAAACAAGCGAACUGCUGAGGGAACAACACAGCAGUUGAAACAGGAAGAGACUUCAUCAGAAAAUAAAGAAGCGGUAGAAGCAGAACAGACGAAUUUUAACUUCCCUGAGGAUGUCCUCUUUGGCUUGGAGGAAGAGGAAGAGGAUGCUAAGAGCAUCAAAAACACCCACAAGCAGACUGGCUGGGCAGCUAACCUAUUAAAACAAUGGCUGGCCAAAAAUGGCAAGGAUCCUAGCUUUGAAUUGGUCCCAGUAAGUGAACUCAAUGAUAUCUUAAGGGAGUUUUAUUACACAAUAAGGAAUCAUGAUGGAAAUACCUACAGUGUGGCAAGCUACAAGUCAAUACGUGCUGGCUUAAACCGGCAUCUCAAAAUGCCACCUUAUAAUCGUCAAAUUUGCUUAAUGAAGGACAAAGAUUUUUCUAGUGCAAACAUGGUAUUUGUGAGUGUGCUGAAGAUGCUGCGCAUGCAGGGAAAGGAUGAGACUCACCACCAUCCUCCUAUAGCUGCUGAGGACUUGCGUAAGAUUAAACAUUCUGGUGUGCUGGGUUUGCACAGUCCACUAGCACUCGUCAACAAAGUGUGGUUUGAUUUGCAGUUGCAUUUUGCCAAACGAGGGAGGGAAAUCUUAAGAGAUCUGGCUCCAGAUGCUUUUGUUGUUGAGAAGGACAAGAACGGGCGUCGAUAUGCUAUGUUUAGGUAUCCUGGCAAAGGAAAAAAUGGAGAAGAUCCUCAUAAAAUGGGUAAAAUGUAUGAUAUGCCAGGGGACCCAAACUGUCCUGUUUUUUCCUUGGAGCUAUAUUUGUCUAAGUUGCCUCCGGAACCCCCUGCCUUUUACCUACAUCCUUUAAAGCUAACAUCAGAGCAAAUGCAAGAACAGCCUGUCUGGUACAAAAGAGAACCGAUGGGUGUGAACUACUUGGGUACCAUGAUGCCCAGGAUCAGUGUGGCAGCCAGGCUUUCUCAACGAUAUACCAAUCAUUCUCUCCGAACUACCACCAUCCAGCUACUCUGUGAAGCAGGACUGGGGCCUAGAGAAAUCAUGGCAGUGACAGGCCAUCGAUCUGAGUCUGCUAUUAGACACUAUUGGGGAGCAGCGGAAGUUCGCUACAGGGCUUGGUCGGAUGUAAUGGAGAAUAACGCCCCCAGUUACCUAUUUAGCAAGAUCCCAAACGAAGUAAUAAAAGAAUCACUGUGUGGUGCCUCCACCUCUUCUAUAAACCAGAUUCUAGAACAAAGCAAAAUUCUAUUCCCUAAGAAAUCUGUGGUGCCACCUGGCACUAAUUCUGUGACUUUAGUCCCUGAGGGACACCGAGCUCUGAAUUCAGAAAGCCCUGUCCUGUUGAACCACAGUUCUUCCAAGGUGUUUCACCCCAAGAAAUUGGCCAAUGGGAACCUAACUGUUGGUUCCCUUCAAGGCUGUGGUAACAAACCUGUUUUUAUAAAGCGUGUGAUAAAACAAGAACCAAUGACUUGAUGCUUCUGUAACAGAACUGAGCUCAAAUUAAUUGCUAAAAUGGAAAAGCUAUCAGAUUUGAUUUUUCACUUGGUCUACUAAGGAAAUUUCUUACGCUCUAGUUCAGCGAGAAGUAUCCUGUUCACACCCUUAAGCGAGUUAUGAAACAGAAACUUAAACAGAGCAGGGCUUGGAGUUUGUAUGACUUUCUGUGGCAGCUGGGACUCUUUAAGUGGCUGAGCAAAGCUAUUCUUUAAAAAAUGAAAGGGAGAUAUUGAUUUCCAUUUAACUGAAGAGCUAUGCUUCCUUCAUUAAGUUCAUGGCUUUUAUGUUUUGUGAAGAGUGUGUUUAUUAUACCAUUUUUGUGCCUGCUGGCACUAAUGUAGCAUCUUACAAAUCAAAUACUUGAUUACUGAAGAGCAUGGAGAAAGUAGAAACUGAAUGAAAUAGACACAAAUAAUCUACGACUAUAUACAUAUGCAUGAAAACACCUGCAAUUGCUUGACCAAUGUCACCCACUCUGUUCAAAUUGUUAUCAAACCUACCAGAGGAUUGUGCCUUUUUUUUUUAAAAAAAAUAUUCUUCCAUAUUUAGCUUCUCUAUGAGCUAUGGAUUUGUAUUGCAGGUCUUUCCUUUUCCUGUUUAAUAUUUCUAGCUAAGAUUUCAGUCAUUCUGUUCUCCAAAGGCAGUAUUUGAUACAAAUUAUAUUAAAAUUGUGAUCUCUUCAGUUAUGCAUGAAAUGGGGGAAAAGUUCUCAGAAGAAUUGAGAAUGAGCUUGUUGCUUAAAUGGCAGGUAAUUAGAGCUGAAGUGUUGCCUCUAUGUGCUUCCCUUGUGAGAGAGGGUUUUUUUGUAUUUCUUCUCACCUACCGCCUUCCAUGACUUUUCACGUUGUCUUUGCAGCGUAGUAUAGUCUUUGUCAGUAUAGUGUAAUUCGUAAGAUGUACAUCUUGUUCUUCUCUACCAAACCCUAUCCAAGUGCCAGUUUUGGUUGUAAGUUUUUUAGAUUAGUUCACUGUAGUAAACUGAUCUUAUGAUUACAUUUUUCAUAGGAGAUUUUUACAGGUUAGAAGCUGUCAGGACAGUGGAUGUGAAUUUUGUCAGAGAAAUUAAAUUGUAGUUUAAAAGGCUUUUUAAUGAAGAAAAAUUACAAAUUAGGAGGGCUAUUGAUAGUUCAUUAAUCUAAUUCGUAAUUUAUCUCUGCUAAUCUAUGCCAUGACUUCUGUCAUAGAUUCUGACAAAUCAAGAGAUUUUCCUUCAAAUAAAAAUGGAAAACUGAUCAUUAGAUCACAGACUAUAGUAGCUCCACUUUGGGAGAAGAAAUAGUGUAGCGUUUAAAACCAUUCUCCAUUAUACUGACUGAAUGAAAUAACACUGGCUUCAUACUUUUGAAAUGCAUGCAUAUAUGUGUGUACACGCAUGCACCCAUGUCACACACUGUUUAUCACUAAGUACUUUACUGUGUUGCUCAGCAGUGGACAAACAGAAAGAUCCCAGUUGAAAUAACAAAUUGUCCAUUAUAAACUCUUAAUUCUGUGGAGAACGUCCUUGCUAGGAAAGGCUUUCAAAUAUUGUUAUAGUCUGAAGAGAAGACUUCAUGCCAGAACUUUGGAGUCUUUAUCUUUACCUUUGUGGCCUUGCUUAGGUUAUUCAUAUUGUAACAGUUUUUCAAAGUGUAAGACUCAUACAGUGUUCCAUUUUCUAAUGGAUCAUGUUAAAGAUAAAAGGUUUUGAAGGUGCUCUACUUAUCUUACAUACUCUUUACAGUCCCUUUUUGUUUGCUGUUAAAAUGAUGGGCUAGUUUAAUCAGAUAUAAUUAAUAUUAAAGUUACUUGUGCACAAUCCUACACUUCCUUAGUUGCAGCAUUAACUUACAGCAUCAAUGACAAGAGGAUUGUAUCCAGGAUCACAAUUUUGUCAAGCCUAGAGUAAAUGGAAUAGAAAUGGUAAAGAAAAUUGGUCUUUAUAAUGUCUAGAAAGAAGAAAAAUUGGGGGGAGGGGGGGGGAGGAAGGGGCAAACAGCUCUCAAACUAGAGAAGCGUGCAGUUCUAGGACGUUUUAGAUAUAUGUAUAUAGUACAUAUCCAGAUUUUAGGGAUUCAUAAUUAAGCCAGACGGGCAAGUUUAAUUUCGUUUGAAAAUAUCUACUCUAAACUUUUACCAAGAUGGGAACGUAUUUUCUCCCCUCCCCCCAAAAAUAUUCCCAUCUUUGUCUCAGGUAGUUGCUCGUUCCAGCAUGCUGCUGUUGAGAAUUUAUCCUGCGGAAAUGGGGAAAGUAUGUUGCCAGGAGAUGAUUCUCUUUUGUUCCCUCUUGCUGCAUACCGUGGUCAUACUGACCACAUGUCCUGCUCUGCUCCGAACUGUAUCUAGGUAACUUACUGUAACAGCAUAUUGCUGAUUGUUUCAUUGCUUAACAUAAACCUAGUUGGUGAUUUAAAUUGAAAAAGGAACUUUCAGCCAAUCUGGGCAUGACUGAUUCUUUUUAAUUAUCAUUUGGCUUCUAACUUGACUUCCAUUCUGCUGGCUUAUCUGUAAAGUUCUAAUUCUAUUGGCACCAACUAUGCAAUGUCCUUUUACUACCUUCAGUCUGAACCUGAUACUUCAAAGCUACUGACAGCAGUAUUACUAACUUUUUAUUUUUGUGUGGGACAAAGUCUUCUUGAAAGUGAGAAAAGGCAUUCCUGAUUUGGUCUGAAAGUAUUGCUUCACAGAAGCUGGAAUCAGUGUUCAGUAGGCUUUCCACUAAUACUUGAAUUAAUUCUCAUUAAGAGAACAUAUUUCUCACCUUCCAGAACUGAAAAAGCUUUCUCCUGUUCCCCUUCCCACACGAAGUGUUAAAUGAAUCUUCCUUUUAUGUUGUUUCCUUUCAAGUAAAGCUGAAGUAGGCAGACAGAAAGGGGGAUUUGUAAAGUGAACUUUGGCUGUGCAUACAGUAAUGUGCGGUGUAAGGAGGCUUUUCCUUUUUUUUUUUUCUUGUUCUUUUAACUCUAAGUUAAAAUUUCCAGUCAGUCCUGUUCAUUGCCGUACAGGUUAUACCGUGUGAACAUCACGAAUUCUGUCAAAAUGGGCAUGAAUCAGACUCUUCAGUGGCAGUAUCAGCAGAAAACCUCUUUUUCUUAUACAACCAUUAUCAUAUUGGUUAACCAGCAGUUUGUUUGCCUAAACUUAAAUUUUGACUUUUGCUCUAAACCUCCACAAAAUUGUUAAACGUCAUAUAAAGUUACUUUUAGAAAUGUGAAUAUAACAAAUAUACUUUGAAAGAAAUGUAUCAGCUGUCACUUUUAGGUUUUCAAAUUAUUUUUUUUCCUAAAAUAAGAAUGUUAUAUUUCAGUUGCAAAAAAGAAAAAAUAUGUAUUCACACAGCCUUAAGUCAAUUAAACUAAUUUUUGUAUUAAAUUCCAUUCUGCUUGAUGGAGAUGACUCUGAAAACAGCGGGGAAUGACUGGAACCUUAUAUAGUACAUCUGUAUAUUCAGUUUUGGAUUUUGUUUUCGUAAUGAAUCUUCAGUACUGGUGCUGUGAAUCUAGAACUUGUUUUUUCUGUGCUUUUUCCUGAUAAGCUUGGAAAUCUGCUGUUACUUUAAGGAGUACCCUAUUUACUAUUUAUUUUUAUGAAGUUGGCACAGUAUCUUAAGACAAGGGGGUUUUUAUUACUUCUUUUAUUGCUCUUUAAAUAAUUCGUACCCACUGUAAGACACUGUGAUCUGCAGUGUGGGAAAUCUACAAGGUAAAUGGUUUUUUUCUUACAUGCGUUUUCUCUGUGCCCCCUGCAGAACACUGUUGUGCACAGUGUCAAACACUUGAAGGCUUCGAAGGAUAGUUUGAAAUUGAACAUGUUCUUGGCUUUGUUGUUUUCAGUCUGAUCCAUCUUUUUAGUUAUCUUGAAUAUGCAGUUUCUCAACAAUUGUCAGUAUAGUCAAAGUUUGCAAUAAGCAGCUUGGAUGUAUGGUUUUGUUGUAUGGCUGCUUCUCCUUUUCCAGCCUUUCUCUGCUGCUUGCUUCAAAAGAAAUGGCCACAGGAAUGUGAGAGGGGGCAUCUUACUAUGUUUGUGUUAGUCUCUUAGCGUCAACUUCUUCCUGCAUACACAGAAAUUUAAGGGUUGUUAUUCAGUCCCAGUCUUUUUACCAGUGGCCAUUCAGUGCCUCCGGUCCUGGAGUUGCACUUCUGAAGACGUGAUAAGCACUUUUAAUGUAUUAGAGUAAAUAUUAUUGUUACAGAGGCAAAGGCAUUUUUAAUUGCAUAACAAAUCUUUAGAAUGGUUUUUAAGUAUUUUAUUAUGAAUCCCAGUUAUAAAUACAGGAUUUAUAUAUUAUAUAUAAUAUAUUAAUAUACCUAUGGUAUAUUGAGGGAAUCUAUGAAAGCAGCUUUUGUUAAGUUGUGACAUAACAGUGAACAAAUAUGAAUGGGGUUGGAUGUGUUAAAAAUGGUUUGCGUAAAGUCAAUCUGUUGAAGAAUCAUAAUGGUAGAUUUACUAAAAACCCAGGUCUGGUGAAUAGUCUUUUCUUCCGUGUUCCCCACUCCAGGUGCACCCUAUCCUCUUACGAAAUAAAUCUUCUUUCAGUCUAAAUUUCAUCUGUGCAUUUCACCUUUUCAUUGAAUAGUAGUUUUUUAGAAAAAGAUGCACUGGUGUCCUGUCCAUUUCCCAUGGUUUCUGACAUGCCUUGAUUUGUUUGGUUGAACUAAAGUUUAACUGGAGCUGUUUUGCUGACUAUUAGAAAUUCAUCUGGUAAAAUGUUAAUAAAGUACAUUUAUGACUCCUAUCCCUUUACAUUGCAAUGUUUUACAAAGUUCGUGAAUGUCUGUUGGGAAACAAUGUGAACAAAGUGGAUAUGUCAGCUUACAACUUAUAAGCAGCUAUUAAUUCUAUAUUGUUGAAGCAUUAUUGAUGAAUGUUUUCUUGCAUUUCAUGGUUUCGUCACUGAAAAUAAACGUGCAUAAUUAUAUAUGUAAAAUGGGAUACUUGCUUUUGUCUCUGAUCCUGGAUUUACGUUUGUGCUGUUUAAAAUGCAACGAGCUGUUAUCUGCAAGGUUGAACCUUUACCUGAGGCUAAUUAGAAAUUCAAAUUAUUAAGAUGUUAGCAGGAGGAUAGUUUAAAAGUCAUACAUGAAUGGAGUCACGUGAAUUGUGUUCCUUAGAACAGACACCCAAUUCAGCCAUAUGACAUUCUUCAGAUUAUUUUUUAAUUCAUUUUUUAAAGUGAUUUGUCCUUUCUUGAGACCACAUCUGUGUUACCUAAACCACACCCAGUUACUGAGAACAGCUUUCAAUAAGUAAAUGUACUGGUGGUUAAUAGUCUCCAAUUUGUUAUUUUGGGCCAAAAAGUUGAGAGCAAUAUUAAUACAAUCCAACUGAUGACAUCAUUACACCAGACAUGGGAGAUAGCUCUUAGAAGGUACAUUAACCUAAUCUGAAAAUUACUAUAAUUAAUAUUUAUUGAUGAAUAAGAUGAUCUUCUGUCAUCCAAGAUGGCAAUCCCACAUAACUGUUGGGAAACUGUCAGUGAGGUUUGGGGAAACAAGUUAGAUGUUACACCUUAAAAGAGUAAGAACCAUGUGCAUGCAUCUGUGUGUGUUUGUUAUAUACCCUUUUAAACUUUGGUUAACAAAAAAUAAAAUCACAGCAGUGAAGAAGUACUUUUAAGCAUUGUGUCAAGUGUUCCUUUAUGACUUUUAGUUGGAAUUAAGAUUGCCUAAACCCAGCAUUUCUGGCAACCAGUUCCUCAGAUGGACUUCUUGAUUUAUGAUUCUUUUUAAAAGGAGUAGAGCAGAGCCAAUGUCUCUUUGCACCAAAGAAAUGAGAUGGUAUAUAGGGGUUACUGAGGCUGGUUUAUCAGGGGUUCCUAAGACUGGUUUAUUAUUUUCUUCCAUAAAUGCAUUGUUCUUGUUCUGUAGGUAACAUUGCGCAGAUUAAGGGUAAGGAGAACACAGCAUUCUUGUAAACGCAAUAUGUAAAAUGUCUGUUAGCAGUAUUUGUUUUACAAGUAUGCAACCACACCCUAUCAAAACGUGUAUUGCAGCCCUGUGAAAUUUUGUUUGUGCAAACUGUGAUCUCUGUAAACUGCUGAGUUGACUGCAUUAUUGUUUUCAUUUUUAUCUUGGUAAGAGUUGACAAAUACUUUUAGUACCUGGUGAAAUAAAUUUUCAUGACAGCUUUACAAGGCUGGAAUAACUACUUCAGUUUUGUGGAAGUUACUGCAUUGGAAAAAGUAACUGUUCAAGAGUGAUGAGUCUGAGAUGGAAGCAGUUGGUGACUGAAAUAUAAUAAAAAAUGUAUUAAAAAAUGAAUUUCCACAGCUGUUUAGACUGUACUCAGAAUCUGUAGUUUUCUAUAUGGAUGACUAAAAAAGUUACGUGGCCUUAUAAUUAUGCAUCCAAACACAGUAUCAUCACCUUCUUCCCCCUCUUCCCCCAUCAUACCCAGAUUGUAUUUUUAACAUAAUUUAAGAUGGAUUUUGUUAUUAUAUAAUGCCUCGGUGCGUCAUGUAUGAUUGUGGUGUUGUGAUGCUUCAUAGAUUGUCUUGUUUUACAACCCCCAGAAUGUUUUCUGUUUUGCUACAUUAGAAAUUGUUAAUUGCCUGCACCGUGUCAGCGUGCCAUACGUAAUUUUCAUAAUUUUAAUCUUUACUACCCUGGAAUUAAUUUUUAUUUUGCAUUGUAUUUUUGUUGUGGUUGAAUUUUUUUCCCUUCAAUUUUCACUUUCACAUACUGAGAUUUUUCUUUAUGAAAAGCAGGUGGCAUUGCAAUGAAUAGCUUUGUUACUGCUCUAUGAUGAACUGAACCGUGGCAUUAUAUAAUACCAAAACCUUUUCUUUUAAUUAUAUAUAUCUCUUAGGAAUAGAGGAGUGCACAUUCUGAACUGUCUGCAAAAUGCCAACAUUUACCUUUCGUUUUUCCAUGCGGUACAAAACAUGUGCACGUUGGUGUGUGUAUAUGUGUGGUAAUAUAAAAUGAUGUAACUGGUAACAUUUUCUGUUCAAUUUGAGUUUUAAAGAUCUCUUUUUCGAUUUUCGUCAGUAGUUUAGCAGUGACAUAUAUAUGCUGUGAUGUUCUAACUACUUCUUUCUGUGUUAAUUUUCACAAUUGUAGUUAUGGGAGAAGAUAUGUCCUUUUCUGAAUAUCAUGUCUGCAAUAUGUGCUUUGGCCUUUAAAUUCAGUCCCCUUCAUUUUGUUUGUUUUCUACAAGGAACUGAAGUAGCUUUUUUCCUUCCUCAUCCCUCCCUAGCCCCCUUUUUUUUUUCCUUUCUUUUUCUUUUCAAAAUUACAAACUGCGAAUCAACUUAGUCUACAGCAGUGCUGAUCUGAAAAUGUUGCUGGAUAGCAAAGCUAAGGUGAUAUUCUUUUCUCCCACUGCAGUGUGUUUUGCAACAGUGUGAAAUGGUCUCAUCUUGUGGAAAAAUGGAGCAUUAGCACAUAAGGUAGUGCACAGAAGGUAGUAGCUGGUCUCAGUGUCCUGCUCUUCCAAAGGCAGAUGAGGAUACUGCUCCAGAAUCAAUUCCACACCAAAGGCAGCCCUUAAAUUUUAUUGUGAGGUUGAUUCCUUUCUGAUUUCCAUUUGUUAAUUUGCCAUUGGCCAGUGUGGAGGUUAGUUAUUAAAUGUUGCUGUCAGUGACGUGUGCAAUGUGAUGACAGUUUUGCAAAAGAAGGAAGAAAGUUCUUAAUUACAAAGCAUUUUACGCUGCAUUCAUUGCAAAUCUUGAUUGUGCCUUCAGAUUCAGGUGACCCUGCUCACUGUAUUUAUGCAUUUUUAACAAGUACUCUAAGUACUCUUUUUCUAAUAUGCUUAUUUUGUAAAUUUCUGUAAUCAAACAUACAUAUGCCACUGGUUCUAAAAAGUCACUGUAUAGUUCAUUUCUUCCUCAAGGAAAACUGCAUUAUUGCUGCUUUUUCCUAGGACUUCUCCCCAUAAGUAUCUCUUUUUUUUUUAUUAUUUUUUUAUCAGCACCUCUAUUUUCUCAGUGUUUCCUUUACUUAUUAAAGAGACUUUUGUAGUUGGGAUUGUAAGAAAGAUGUUGUCAUAGUAUAUGCAGUGGGAAAAGCAUGAAAUUCUGAGUAUAGGUCACUUUCACCAAUCCUUUGUAGAAAACCUUGAGCUGGAGUGUAAUUGAAGUAAUAUGAAUAGAUACUGUACGUAAGAAAUUAAAGUGUUUCUAGUAGUUUUCAUGGUAAAAAAAUCUGAAAGCGUUAGAGGAAUCAGUACUAUAGAUCCUGUUUUCCACCUAGCCCAUGGAAAUAAAAAUUUCUAAGAAUAUAAGUGAAAACAAAGCAGAAAUCUGAAUAAGUUGCAUUCAUUUUAUAUGUACCUUUCAUAUUUUUAUCUUCCGUAUGCACUCUAAAGACUUUUACACUCCCCUGAUUAAGUGCUGAUUAGAGGAAGUUAUGAUUUGGCCUCUGUUUCAGGACUUAACUGGAUUCAUUCAGAUAUUUGAAAGGGGUAAGAAUUUACUCUUUUGGCUUUGCCCCUUUUCUAGGGUCUUUCAUUUGCUACUUCACAAGUUUUCUGCUUGGCAUUAAAACACUUGCCCUUCACCCUUGCCAAGUUGAUGCUUGCCUGAGACAUACAUAGUCCAGGGAAAGUUACAUACUGGAAAAACAAUAGGUGUGGAUGUAACUUUGCAAACUGCAGGAGCUGGGGCAGGGAGCCUGCAAUUAGGCAAGAUUUUCUUUAAGUAAAGCACUUUUCAAAGCAGAUCAAGACAGUAAAUGUGAAGUGCCUUUCUCCUUGGCUGACUGUUUCAGGAAAAAUGCACAAGAAGAGCAAAGUAGCAUUACAAUACACUCACACACUGUCCUUCUGUAUUUAGAGUGGCGUGUGCUUGACUGCUGCUUGGCUUGCAAUUCUUUUUUUCCCUGCUUCUUUUUUACUGCCUGUUGCAUCCUUUUUUUCACCUUUAUUCCUACUCUUAAUCAAACCUUGCAGUUCUUUUGCCCCACUUCACCUAGUAUUUUGCCUUUCAACUCGAAGUUGUGUGCAUCUUCUUGGCCUGGAUCUACAUUAGACUUAAAUGUUAAUUGUUCUGUUACAGGAUACAUCAUUUCUAUGCAUGACUGAAAGUCCAAUGCUAGGCUUCCCUUUGCCUUCAUCAGGGCUGCAAGCCUUCUUAAGCUGGUUUCUGAUUUUGCCCACAGCACCUUGUCUGAAUCUCCUGAUACGUGACACAGCAGUCUCCUCCUCCGAAUCUCAUUCCCUUCUAUUUACAGAAGCAGUAGCAGUUUUUAUUCCCUAGCUUUCCUCAAACAUACGUCUGUUGUAAACUGGAGUUUUCAGAAGUCAUUGUAGAAACAAAAAUUUCCCUGAGAGAAUUUCUGAGUGAAAUAAUCAUGAUGUUCAAAAGGGGUGUGUUUCUUUUCUUGGUUGCUUUGGUACAGGAUUUUCUGAAACCUAUUUAUUAAUUGUUUUGUCAGUGAUGAUCUCUGAUGGUCCUAUUUGUAGGUGUUAGCCAUGUUGUAAAUUACAACACUUCUACACCGUAACUUUAUGCUAAUCAUAUAAUCAUUGAUUAUUUGAAUGUGCCUUUUAUCUUGAGAUUCAAGUGGAUAAAUUGGCUCAUCAUACAGAGAAAACUGAAGCUGGAAAGUCUUUGAAAUAGAAAUCACUCAACAGAAGAAUUCCAUGGUUAACAACUCUAAAAGUUGUUUAUGUAUAGCAAAGGUGGAGUCCCUAUAGAGGUCUCUUCUGUUGCCCAUGAACAUAAGUAGUCAGAUAUUUCUUAUUCAAAUUGUCUAUCGUGUAGAUUAUUAGCACAGUUUCAUCAGUGACAGCAUCAGAACUUAAGGCAUGAAGAAAUCAGGUUGUAAUAAUGCAUAACUAAGAGAUCAGUCAUGUCAGGCACUCCAAAUUCAGUGACCAGUGAUCUAGACACUAGGUUUUGUUUGCAUUUAGUAAUCUUACAAUACCUCCUUUCCCUCUCCUCAAAGCUGUGCCUGUGAGAUUUGUCUUUCGGACCUCCUUGAAGGCUUAGUUUUACCCAAACAAAGGUCACAGAGCGGAUAAUCUCGGUGCUUAGGCUCUUUGCAUCUGUUCCCAUCAGACUGCACAGAAAAAAAAAAAAAUCUCUAAUCUUCCUAGGAUUUGUCAUGUUGGCAUUUGUAUAGGCCAUGUGGGACUGAUAACUGUUACGGGAUUUUUCUCUGUUAAUUGUUCAGAGUUUUUUAUAAUUAUGUUGCUUUCAUAAUCCUUUGUAUCCUAAGGAACCUAGUUUACUCUAAUCCAUAAAUCAGUAGCAGUUCAGUCCAAUAAUAAAUGAUCAUUUCUACAAAACAAAAAAAGCCUAGUUUUUGCACCAAGUUUAAGGAACUAGAAAUAGCCAUCAUUCAAGAAUUUUUUUCUAGAAGUGUAUUUAAAAACACAGAAAUAUGUAGGAUCUGCCUUAGUAUUUUUUCCAUCAUCUAAGGGAAAGUGUUGCUAGUCACUCAAUCUGAAUAGCCAAGGGACACCAAUUGUUCCAGAACAUAAAUCUUGUUUGAUGAUCCUCUAGGGUUUUUAAUAACAAUUAGCCUUCAAAAUAAUUUAAAUGAUCUCUUUAUCCUCUCUAAAGUGAUGGUUACAGAUAGUUUCGUGUGUAGAAUGAUAGAAUGCUAAAAUUUAUUGUAAUGGAUAAAAGUACAGUAACAAAACUACUUCAAAAAGCUGGAUACAAAUGAAGUUCUCUGAUGGCUUUUGAGGACGUGUUUUAUAAGCAUUACAGGUUGCAGUUUAGCUUUCAGUUUUUCUUAUUGUGAAGUCCAUUUCUUUAUAGUCAUAUAGCCGAGCUGUCUCAAGAUGGGUAUUGUCCUGGUGACUGUUACGUUGAGAGGUUAUACUGCCUUAGUGGAAAGCACAGAUUACAGCCAGAUGAAAAUAUUGAGGGUCGUACUUGAAAGAUACUCUAUAACACCAAAUUGUUUUGUAUUUACCUAUAAAAUAACAGUAUGCUACUGAUCAUCAGGGUUUUUUAAUUUGUACUUUUUGCUUCUUACAAAGCUAAAAGCACGUUACUGCAAUACAGUCAUUUGGUCGUUGCCUGUAUUUCAAGUGCUGGGAAAUUGGUCUGAAAUUUCUUCUUCCUGCUCAUUUCAUCUGUUCCCUUCUAAUAAAUGCAUCAAUUCUGAGACCUCUCCUUCUCAAUGUUCAAUUUGAAUCCCUUUUCCACCUGGGUUCCCUGGAUUUGCUUUUGCAAAAUGAAGGAGUUUUGUC